CAGUGUUUGUAGUUGUACUUGUACACAAACAACUUCGCUUUCUCUCUUUCCCGCUCCUAACAAACCCUAGAUCGCAACAUGUCUGGAAUGUAUGGUCAAGAUGGUGGUGGCUCUGCGUCCUACGGAGCCACCGGCGGUUACGGAGGCGGAGGUCACGGUGGUCGGGGAGGUGGAGGGUUUGGUGGUCGAGGUGGUGGUGGUGGAUAUCAAGGUGGAGAUCGUGGUGGCCGAGGGGGUGGCCGCGGCGGUGGAGGUGGUAGAGAUGGAGACUGGCGCUGCCCUAAUGUUAGUUGUGGGAACUUGAACUUUGCGAGGAGAGUUGAAUGUAACAAAUGCGGUGCUCCAUCUCCUACUGGUGCUAAUGAUAGAGGGGGUCGUGGUGGCAGCGAUGGUGGUAGUGGUGGUGGUGGUGGUGGUGGUUAUAAUAGAGGGGGAAGCAGUGGGGGAUAUGGCAAUAAUAGUGGGGGUAGAUCUGGUAACUAUGAUGGAGGAAGAGGUAAUGACUAUAAUAGUGGUAGGGGGAAUAAUGAUGGUGGUAGAAGUAGGGGAGGCAAUAGAGGUGGUUCAUUUAGUGGUAAUCAAGGCAGAGAAGAUGAUAGAUAUGGUCAAGUUCCUCCUCCUACAGCCCAAUAUCAUGGUGGCGGUGGAAACUAUCCACCCACUAACAAUUCUUAUGGUGGAAAUAAUUCGAAUUAUGGAACUGAAGCAGUUCCUCCGCCUGCAAGCUAUACUGGUGGACCUCCAUCGUAUGGGGGUAAUACUGGUGGCUAUGGUGGUGGAGAUAAUCUCGGUGAUGCACGAAGUGGUGCUAGGGCUGGGCCAACUGUUGGAUAUGACAGUGGUAAUGGAGCUGGUAGUCGGGGUGGAUUUGGUGGAACUCCUGCUGAGCCCCCAGCUAAGGUGAAGCAGUGUGAUGAGAAUUGUGGGGAUUCUUGUGACAACUCUAGAAUCUACAUAUCGAACUUACCACCAGAUGUGACUAUUGACGAAUUGAGGGAACUUUUUGGAGGCAUUGGACAAGUUGGAAGAAUAAAGCAGAAGAGGGGGUAUAAAGAUCAGUGGCCUUGGAACAUAAAAAUAUACACUGAUGAGAAAGGAAGCAACAAGGGUGAUGCUUGCCUUGCCUAUGAAGAUCCCUCUGCAGCACAUUCUGCUGGCGGUUUUUACAAUAAUUAUGAUUUGAGGGGUUACAAAAUUAGUGUUGCAAUGGCAGAAAAAUCUGCACCAAGAGCUCCACCUGCAUAUAACCAUGGGGGCAAUAGGGGUGGCUACGGUGGAGAUAGACGCAGAGAAAAUUAUAGAGAUGGAGGUGGUUCUGGACCUGACAGGCGUGAUAAUUAUGGUGGAAACCGUUCACGACCUUACUAAGAGCUUCAACAUUGAACAUUUUAUGUACUAUGAUUUCUGGUCUGAGGGAUUUGUUUUAUUCAGUUGGCUGUUUUCUUGAAAUGGAAGCAAAGAGGUAGGUUGUUCGCUUACUUUUGAGCAAGACCUCUUCGCUUCUUUUUGUUUCAUUUGUCACUCGCUUGGGGGUUUUUACUUUUAGGAAGGGAUUAGUUUACUUAUGUGAAUGUUUUUAUAGAGGCAAGUGGAUAGUCUUCAAAUUUCUUGCUGCUAAGGUAGGUUAAUUGUUUCAGGUGAGUGCUGCUUUAAUGAAAACAUGCUUUUUACUUGCUUGGAAUUUGAACCAUGUGUCGUUAUGUGGAUAAAUGCUUGCAUCCUUGGCUCAUCCCAUGUGGCAUCUGGUUCAAGCAGGUGGUGGCAUUGAUAGGAUAUUUGGUGUUAAGUAAUAGUUCCAUGGAUCAAUAAAUCCCAAUUAGAGAGUAUUUAAGUUGUAAUUUGUUUUCUUCUUACACAGAAAAAUAGUGUUCUGGCAGCUUGUUGCAUUAGAGAAACACUGGAUGUUCU